UUUUUUAUUUCGUCAGCAAUGACGAGUGUACGCAAAAAGAAAAAGCAUAAAUGCGACUCGAGGGCCUCUGCCCAACUGCGCAAAUGGUUAACCACCCCAAAGAGCACAAAGAGUGCGCCGUUUCCAGUCACAUUCAAAAUGUUUAGCAACGUUGUGGAAAAUCUGCCGGACAUCGCCUUCCAGAUACAGUGCGCCGAGAUUGGUGCGACCAACAAAACAUUGGAUGAGUGCGCUCAAUGGUAUUACAAUGCCUUCUAUUCUGAGCCCGCUGUUCGCUCGAAAUACGAAUUCCGGCUGAGAUCCUGCCCACUGACUGUGAAGGAGAAGUUGCUGCAGUUGCCGGACGGAGUUGUUCCAGCCGAUAUUGAGAAGGAUACUGAGCAGUUGGAGACCGAGGAUGGCGUUGUGGUCAAAGUAAACAGAUUCGGACGAUUCCUAUUUCCCGUUUCGUUGGCCACUUUCGAGCAGAACAUCGAUAGGAAGAUGGUGCUCGACUAUCUUGUUCGCAAGGAGACUGAUAAUGUGAAACAACGUGCCGUCAUGUUGUCCGAUGAGGCAACGUGUCGGAAGCUCGUGCGCAAAUACUACAAUGCCUUCUACAUCUUUCGAAAUCAGCAUAAUCUGGACAAACGGAAUUUUAAGGAGGCGCCAGCGGCACUGAAGACGCAGCUGCUGAAAAUGGGCUCACCGCUGGAUGAGCAAGCGGUGGAAACAUUGAGGAAAAAGUCAGAAAAGAAGCAGGGCAAAACGACUAAAGAACUGCCCCAAACCACGAGUCAGCCGAGCAGUAUUUGCAGCUUAAAAUCAAUUGUGAGCUAUGUCGUUUUCGAGAAAUACAUCACAAAUAUCUAUGAUAUCGUAUUUCGACUAAAGGUCAACGAACCCGAGUAUGCUUACAAGGGAUUUGAGGAAUGUGCCCAUGCGUAUUAUUUGUCCUUCUAUUUGACGCCGGAAAUACGCGACACUUAUCCAUAUCAACUGGCAGGCUGUACGACUCGACUGAGGAACCUCAUACUCGCUCUGCCGAGCGAAGAGGAUGCCAGGAUACUGCGACAAAUGCAGAUGCAGAGCGAACCGUUGCCAGCUGCAAUACAGCAUCAAGUUGAGGAUCAAGUGGACGAUGCAGAUGUUGACCGACAACCGACGGACAUUGUUCAAUUAGAGGAUCCUCCAAAUAUCCAACAAGCAACGCAAAUUGUCCUUUCUGAAAUGGUCGAUCAGCCGGCAGUGGACUGCGAAAAACAGUUGUCGCCCGAGAUUGAGAUUGUUGCUGCAACUGAUGAGCAGGCGUCUCUCCCAGUCACGCCUCCAGUUACAUUCAAAGUAUUUCAGCGUUUCGUCAAAAAUCUUGAUGAGAUUGCACAACAAAUGCUGCGCAGCGAGGAAUAUCAAGGCAAAUCGAAAGAUGAGUGCGCCUUGGAGUAUUUUCAGCAAUUUUAUGCAAAUCCACAAAUACGCGUUCGCUUUGAGUACGAGCUCAGAGCAUGCCCGGCCAAGAUGCGAAAAAAACUGCUAAGUUUGCCAGCAAAAGUUGUCGUUUCGUCUGAUAAAAUCAUGGACGCUGAGAAGGACUGCAAUGAUAACCAAACUUCGUUGCCAUCCGAAAGGAAUCUGAUUACAAUCAAUGGUAUUACCUAUGAAUAUCCAGUUUCUUUGGAAACAUUUCUGCGCUAUAUCAAUUACGAUGAAUUGAAAACUCAAAUCGUUAAGACCUUGGAUAAGCAAACAGGCAAACCAGCAGGCAGCAGUUCGUGUGAUGAUCAAUUCAUUAAACGCUUCUAUUAUACCUUCUAUUUGGACGAUAGAUUGCACCAAAAAUUCAAAAACCAUUUUAAUGCAGCCCCAGCAGAAAUUAGAGAAAAAUUAACGCAAUUGGCAAUAGCAGUGGGCAGCGAGGAACAACAGGAGACGAACAACGUACUUAAAACGUCAACUGAGUUGGCACUGGAGCAGACACCAGGGAAGGCGACGGAGAAAGCAACAGAGGAGACACCGGAGCAGGCGCCGAAGCAUGCACCGGAGCAGCCACCGGAGCAGGCAACGGAGGAGAAAUCGGAGCAGCCACCUGACAGCGCACUGGAGCAAGGAUUGGAGCAGGCACCGGCGCAGCAACCGGAGCUGGCAACGGAGGAGAAAUCGGAGCAGCCACCUGACAACGCACUGGAGCAAGAAUUUGAGCAGCAACCAGAGCAGGCAGCGGAGCAGGCACCGGAGCAGGCAGCGGAGCAGGCAGCGGAGCAAGCAGAAACUGAGAAGAACUGUGAUGUGGAAAUGCCUGAAAUGAUCAGUUCUGGUUGCGUAUUCGAUGUCGUUAUGGAUCUUGGCAAUGCUGGUCGUUAUAUGUUUCCGGUGUCUUUUGAAACGUUCGAGCGUUGCAUAAACUACGGUGAACUAAUUAGGCCAUUGUUGAUGCGUGUCACAGAAGACGAGUCACAAUUGGCGGCGAUGGUACCAAAUUCCCGACAUCCACAGUGUCAGAAGAUCUUUCGAAGAUAUUAUCGCUCGUUCUAUGUGCGUCCAAUCGUUCGCACCCAAUAUGAAUAUCGAUUUGCGAAUGUGAGCGAACAGUUAUUGUCUAAACUCUUGGCCUUUGCUGUGCCGCUGAAUGAGAUUGCCAAAAAACAUGUGGAUGAAGCUGCAAGGGAAAUGGCACAAAAGGUAAAUGAAGAAGAGGAUCAACUAUUCAAAACCUUUCCCGUCUCGUACAAAGCAUUUAAAAACUGCUUUACGAAUCUCAAUGGAAUCGUGCAGCAAAUGAUGAACUGUGCGGAGUACAAGGAUAAAUCUGAAGAUGAAUGCGCCUUGGAAUACUAUAAAGCUUUCUAUACGGAUCCACAAAUGCGUGAAAAGUUUGAAUACAAGUUGAAACCAUGUCCGGCUACACUCCGAAUAAAACUGCUAAAGAUGCCAGAGGUUGCUGCUGCUCCUACUCAACAACAAGCUGAAUGUGAAUCUCAGCCCCAACGAGAAGAGCCUGUGAAAGAAGUGACUGAGAUUCCCACCACCAACAUGGAUAUGCUGGUGCAGAGCGAGAGGAUUUUGAUAACGUUGAAGGACAUCACUUAUGAAUUUCCAGUUUCCUUUCAGACGUUCACACGUUGCAUUAACUACGACUCGGUACGGGUUGAGCUAGCAAAUACGCUAUCGACAGACAAACGGGACGACGAACAUAUUUUGGAGAAUGAGCGCAGUGAUCUGCGAAUGCUGAGGCGCUUCUAUCACUCAUUCUACACCGACAGGCGAGCGCGCCAUUUGUGCAAUUAUAAUUUUGAUGCUGCACCCGUUGACUUGCAACAGAAACUGCUACAGUUAGCUAUACCUUUGGCCAGGCAGAGCGAUAAUAAAGCGUCAAGUGUUGCAGUCACCGAAUGUGCCUUAGCCUUGCCACAGGAUUCACUCGCAGUCACUGAACCACCAAGAGUUGAGCAGCUGGCGGCAGUGGCACAGUCGCAACCCAAAACGGCCAUUCAAUAUCCCUUGUCGUACAAUAUUUUUUCAAAACUACUCAAAUUGGAUGAGGUUGUCAAGCAAAUGCAGCUGGAGCCGCAGUACGCCCAGAUGAACGAAGAUGACUGCAAACUGGCCUACUUUGAUGCUUUCUAUCGGACGCCGCAGAUACGAGAUAAAUACAGGUGCAUGAUGAAUCCGUGUCCGGCUGCACUGAAAUCAAGAUUGUUGGAAGUGCCACAGCAGAAACCCCGGCGGGAUCCAGCAGCCGUCAAACUGAAAACCAGACAAGCACUGUAUGCAGCCAGAAAAGCAGAACUUGCCAAAAUGGAAAAGUUGAAUGUGGUUCGUUAUACGCCCCACAAUCUGUCAACGUAUAUCGCGCGGCGCAUAAAGUGCCCCAGGAUAUGCGGUUUGUUGGAGAAACAUUUUGUGGGCACGAAGAAGCAACAGUUGGUUAAAGAAAGCACAGAGCGAAAUGCAACAGCAGCUGAAGGGUUAAAGGAUAAUCAAGUGAAAGCAACUACUGAGAACGAGACUGUUGCAGAUGCGCUUGCAACUUGCGCUGAGGAGAUUGGUGAAGCCGUUGCAAAAUGUACAUCAACAACAACAACAGCUAUAAUCGCAACAAACAUAGCAGCAGCAACAACAGUUGCAAGUGUUGCAAGCAAAGCGGAUAAUAUAACAGCGGCAACUGGCAACACAGCAGCAACAGUUGCAAAGAGCGCUACAACAACAGCAGCAACUGUAACAACAACUGUCAGCACAACAGCAACAGUUGCAACGAGAGACUCAACAACCCCAGCAACAGAAACAACAACUGCCAGCACAACAGCAGCAGCAACUGUCAGCACAGCUACAACAUCAACUGGCAACACAGCAGCAACAGUUGCAAAGAGUGCUCCAACUGCAGCAGCAACUGUGACAAAAAUUGUCAGCACAACAGCAGCAGCAACUGCCAGCACAGCUACAACAACUGGCAACACAGCAGCAACAGUUGCAAAGAGUGCUCCAACUGCAGCAGCAACUGUGACAAAAAUUGUCAGCACAACAGCAGCAGCAACUGCCAGCACAGCUACAACAACUGGCAACACAGCAGCAACAGUUGCAAAGAGUGCUCCAACAACAGCAGCAACUGUGACAAAAACUGUCAUCUCAACAGCAACAGUUGAAACGAGAGCCUCAACAACUCCAGCAACAGCAACAUCAACUGCCAGCACAACUGCAACCAUAACUGGCAACACAGUAGUAACAGUUGCAAAGAAGGAGCUCUCAACAACAGCUGCUAGCACGACGACAACAACUGUAAACAGUACAACUACAAUUUCGUCAGCAACAACAACUGCAAGCAAAGCAACGGCAACCACUACUGAGACAACAGCUGUGACAAGGACAAGUGAACAACUCUUGAAUUUGCUGAUGGAAGAGGGAAGCAAAGCGAGCACCGCUUCACUAGCAACAACUAGCUUGAACGAUGCAACAGCUUCCGCUUUUUUCAAGGACAGCAGCAAGGAGCACAAUCUCAAGUAUCUGAUAUGCACGAGUUAUGGCCUAAAGAAUACCAUUUGGCGUAUCCUCUCGUCUUUGAGCUAUAAGGAAUUCGAGUUGUAUACGAGCAUCUAUGAGGACACGUCGUUCUACAAGGAUGCGAGUAUUUUGGGAAAAUGCUAUAAUCAUGUGCUGAGCAAGGGAAACUGGCCGAUUAAUCUGCACGUCAAGUUGCAAAAGCUGCCGCAACUGUUGCACAGCAAAGGCAUACGACUAGAGUCCUUCGAUUUGGGUCAGUUGUCGCCAAAGAUGCUGCAUUGGACCGAACUGGUGCGGUUCAGCAAUUUCUAUGAGAUUGUUGAGCAGGAGUUUAAGGCACGCACUGGCCAGGACAUUGAAGAUAUGCAAGAAUUGCACAAUGAGAUUGUGGAACACUAUACGCUGUGCUGGGCACACGAUCACUGGCUAUAUCAGGUGCCCCAAAUAACGGCCGAGGAGCUAACUCAGUCACUUAACGCGAUGCAGCAGGUGCCAAUUGAAUUCUCGGAACCGCCUUCUACAAUGCCACUGUGCAUGAUUGAGGAUUGCAUUGGCUCAUCUGGCGAAGUGGUCGCCAAUAGCCCAGAGCAAAAUCCAACAGAGCUUCCUCCUCCCAAUGCAGUGCUUGAGGAUUCUAAUAAUUGUCCGGCGACACAACUUGAUGCAUCGCUCUGCCCGCCAUGUUUUGUGAACAUGGAUAGUAUCUGUCCGGCCUCACAAGCGGCGGACCCUCAAAACGAUCCGCUCAAUCAGAGCCACACGCAGCCGGCAAUUGUCAUCAAGAAGGAGCCAGUUAAAUUGCUGAACAUGAUGCGCUUCUCGCCCAGCAGCAAUGUGAGCGGGGAAUUCAAUUGCGAACUUAUAGCGUCGGAGGAUCAAAUCAUCAAUAUCGACAAUGAUGAGGAUCAACAAAUAACCGCCGAUCUUGCUUGCUUUUCGAUGCCUAAUUCACCUCCUGUUGAAGGCUUGUCUCAACCGCAAGAUAUAAUUCAAGAAUUGUUUUUGGAGUUGCUUCCAACAGUUCCUUAUUCAGAGAUAAAGUGGCACUCUCCAAAUCCCCCGUGGACACCCUCAGUUGCCGGGCAACCGAGUCUAACAUCAGUAGCAGUGCAACAACAGGCAGAGCCAAUUCCAGCAUCAGCUCCAGUGCAACCACAGGCAGAGCCAAUUCCAGCAUUAGCUCCAGUGCAACCAACAGCAGAGCCAGCGCCAGCGCCGGCGCCAAUCAGAACCGUGCUAGGCAAACAGAAGGCGACAGCAGCAGCAACAACAGUGCCCAGAAAAAAACUACGUUUGAUGACGGACAAUGUGCCACAGUUAAGGCACGAGUUUCGUCCGUUGCCGCUUAUAGCAAUGGUACGCAUCGAGCCGGAUGGAUUUGCCGCGCAUGCAAACAAAAAAAUGUCAACGCAGGAGUUGCCCACAGGUUCGAAUCGUGUCAAUCAGGAGCCGCAAGGAUCCGCCGCGCCUACAAACAAUGAGUUGCCGACAUACCAGCAACUGCAGGAGUUGUCCCCGAGUUCCAAUCAGGGCAGUGAGGAUCAACCAGCGAUGACUGCUUCCCAAGCGCUCUCCACAGACAAUACACUGUUGGCGUCUUCGCAACUGCAAAAUUUGCUGGACGCUCCAUUUGUUAGUCAGCGCAAGAAGCGAUAAUGAUAGUAAUUGAUGUAAUUAUGUGCCUGCUGUUGAGUUCUUUUCAAAUUUGCUGUCAUUUAAAUCUUUAAGAAGUUAAAGAUUGUCAAUCAGACAGUCGAACCUCGAUAAUUGUUACUUUCUCAUUCAAAAUCAGUCUCUUAACCAUUCAUCAGUUUAAUUAUGUAUUUAUGUAUGAUAUUAAAAUUGUUUUGAAAAUAAAAGAGGCUUGUAUUACUGC